GCGCAGAAAGCGGCCUAAGCUGGCCGCAGUCCGUAGAGCAGGAGACCGCCGGGGCCCUCCAUCCUGCCCGCAGUAGCACAGGAGUGCGAUAUAAUUUAUCACUGAAAACAAGGUUGAUUGGCUGCGGCAGGCGCACAAGGGCUUCUGUGUGCGGGGAGGAUUCAGGCCAUGGAUGGUCACUGCCAGCAGAGAGUCUCCAGUCUAAUGUCAGCUCGGUCUUUACCGUCCCUUUAAUUAUCCGGACUGAGUAGUCGCCGCUGGAAACGGAAGAUUGACGAGUAUUCCAGGCCACGCCCCCUCACUCUCCUAGCGAAUCGGCUGGGGGAAUUGCCACCGAGUCCGCCCGUCGCCACCUCCCCCCCCCCAUCCCCCUUCGCUCGAUGAGCCACACCCCAACUCGCACGCCGGAAGCCGAAUCCCCACGUCCGCGGCAGGAUGACGGAGGCGUGGCAGCAGCACGCGGUGGCCCCGCCCGCGGCGGUGCACACCAUCCCUCAGGGGGUUGAGAACGCGCUGGGCUGCGCCGUGUACGGCAUCGUGCUCCAGCAGGACCCGGGCCUCCAGCAGCAGCACCAGCAGCAGCAGCAGCAGCAGCAGCAGCCCUCCCUGCAGGUAGGGGGCGACAGCGGCCACAAGUGCGGGGCCUGCGGCCACGACAUCUCGCACCUGGCCAACCCGCACGAGCACCAGUGCGUGGUGAGCCAGGACCGCUCCUUCCAGUGCACCCAGUGCCUGAAGGUGUUCCACCAGGCCACCGACCUGCUGGAGCACCAGUGCGCCCAGGUGGAGCAGAAGCCCUUCGUCUGCGGCGUCUGCAAGAUGGGCUUCUCCCUGCUCACCUCGCUGGCCCAGCACCACAACGCCCACAGCAGCGGCAACCCCAUGAAGUGCUCCAUCUGCGAGAAGACCUACCGGCCGGGCUCCUCCGGCAACACCACGCCCACCUCCUCGGGCUCCAACCCGCAGCAGCCGUCCUCCUCGGCCGAGGGGGCGGCGGCGGCGCUGGGCUCGCCGGCCCCCGCGGGCUUCGAGGCCCCACAGCCGGCCGAGCGGCCCUACAAGUGCUCGGUGUGCCAGAAGGGCUUCCGCCACCUGUCGGAGCUGUCGCGGCACGAGCGCGUGCACACGGGCGAGCGGCCCUACAAGUGCGACUCGUGCGACAAGAGCUUCAGCCAGUCCUCGCACCUGGCGCACCACCGGCGCACGCACAGCGACGAGCGGCCCUACAAGUGCGCCGCCUGCGACAAGGGCUUCAAGCACCGCUCGCACCUGGUGCGCCACAUGUACGCGCACGCCGGCGAGCACCUGUUCAAGUGCAACCUGUGCGAGCUCCACUUCAAGGAGUCGUCGGAGCUGCUCCACCACCAGUGCCAGCCGCAGGCCGAGCGGCCCUUCCGCUGCGCCGCCUGCGGCAAGGGCUUCCGCCGCCCGUCGGACCUGCGGCAGCACGAGCGCACGCACUCGGAGGAGCGGCCCUUCCGCUGCGAGGAGUGCCAGAUGAGCUUCAAGCAGCCGUACGCGCUGGUGCGCCACCGCCGGACGCACAAGGGCGCCGCCGAGCGGCCCUACAAGUGCGCGCUCUGCGACAAGGGCUUCCUGCAGCCGUCGCACCUGCUCUACCACCAGCACGUGCACGGCGUGGAGAGCCUCUUCAAGUGCGCCGCGUGCCAGAAGACCUUCGGCCAGUCGGGCGAGCUGCUGCGGCACAAGUGCGGCGAGGCGGCCGAGGCGGUGGCGGCGGCGGCCGCCGAGAGGCCGCACAAGUGCGAGGCGUGCGGCAAGGGCUACAAGAAGGCGUCCACGCUGCAGCGGCACCGGGGCUCGCACUGCGGCGGCGGCGGGGGCGGCGGGGGCGGGGGCGGCGGAGGCGGCGGCGAGAAGCCGCUCAAGUGCUCGCUGUGCGACCGGCGCUUCCCGACGUCGUCCGACUUCGUGCAGCACCAGUGCGACCCGGCGCGCGAGAAGCCCCUCAAGUGCCCCGACUGCGAGAAGCGCUUCAAGUACUCGUCGGACUUCCAGCGGCACCGCCGCGUCCACACGGGCGAGAAGCCCUUCAAGUGCGCCAGCUGCGACAAGGGCUUCAAGCAGCGCGAGCACCUGGUCAAGCACGGCAGCGUGCACGCCCGCGAGACCCAGUUCAAGUGCGUGUGGUGCGGCGAGCGCUUCGGCGACCUGGGCGCCCUGCAGGAGCACACCGUGCAGCACACGGCCGAGGGGGGCGGGGCGGGGGGCGGGGCCGGGGGCGGAUACCCCGAGGCCGCCUGCGUAUAGUCCCCCCCCCUUGACCCCCCCCCUCGACCCCCCCCAGAACCAGCGCCCGAAACCUGCCCCCGCGUCUCGCUGCUCUCAGACUCAAACACGGUCACACGUUCAGACACACACACACACACACACACGGACACACACACACGGACACACUCACACACCCUUCUCGGUGCCAAGGCUUAGUGCCCACCUCCACCAUAGAACAAGCGUACCGCUACGUGAUCACACGGGCCCAGCUGGAAUGUGCAGGAUGUCAAGAGGCCACAGAAA